AUGGCUCCCAUCGCUACAGACGCUGUUACCGCAGAGGUUCCGGCCACCAACGACAUUGCCGAGCUCAAGGCCAAGCUCCAAGGCAUCAAACUCAACGACGCGGACAUUGUUCUGCCUCCCGACAACACUCUUCGUCGCUACCAGAAGGCCGGCAUCGACCUUAGCCAGGGCUACCCGUACUUCCCACCCAAGCCCGACUUCGUCCAGGACGUGUUCAAGGUCCGUGUGGAUGCACGUGACAACAAGCCUUACGUCGACCCGGGAAGCCGUGCCGACCCCGAAAAGAAGGCUCUCUUUGCCGCUGCUCAAAAGGUCAACAACCUCACCACCCACAUUGGUACUGAGAUCAUCGGUCUGCAGCUCAAGGACCUUACCGACCAGCAGCGCGAUGAGCUCGCCCUCCUCGUAGCUGAGCGCCACAUUGUCUUCUUCCGUGACCAGGACCUCUCGCCUCAGAAGCAGAAGGAGAUCGGCCUCUACCUCGGUGACGGUCUCGUGGAGACCCAUGUCCAGGCUGCCCAGGUCCCGGGUGUCGGUGGCGGCGUGACUCUCAUUUGGGAGGACGGUCGCCGUGAUGCCUUCCGUAAGGGCCGCUCUUGGCGCGUUCCCUACGGCGGUGGCCAGUUUGGCUGGCACACCGACCUCGUCCACGAGGCUUACCCGCCCGGAUACACCCAUCUGCACCAGGACACGGUUCCCGAGGUUGGCGGUGACACGCUCUGGGCGUCCGGCUACGCUGCGUACGACAAGUUGUCGCCGGCGUUCAAGAAGCUCAUCGACGGUCUCAACGGUAUCUACCGCUCGGCUCACAAGUACAAGAACAGCGACGACCCUGACGCCAUUCCCGAGCCUGUGCUCCGCACCCACCCCCUGGUCCGCACCCACCCUGUCACUGGGUGGAAGUCGCUUUGGGUCAACCGUGCCAUGACCGUCGGCAUCGAGGGCUUUGACCAGCCCGAGGCCGACCUGCUCCUCGACUACCUGCACAACAUCUACGAACGCAGCACCGACAUUCAGCUGCGCUGGCACUGGACUCCCGGCACCAGUGCCAUCUGGGACAACCGCUCGACCAUCCACACCGUCUCCUACGACUACGACGGCGAGCGUCACGGUACUCGCGUUUCGUCGCUUGCCGAGAAGCCGUACUUCGACCCCACGUCCAAGUCCAAGGCUGAGGCGCUCAAGCACCCCAAGUGGCUCCAGUCGCCCUACGUUGCGUCGUACUAA